CAUCAAACGGAUGGAGGUGCGCUGGGGAGAAAAGGGCUCCACCGAGGAAGGUGCCAAGCUGGAGAAGGCCAAGAACGCCAGGGUGAAGAUGCCAGAGCAGGAAUACGAAUUCCCCGAGCCCAGGAACCUCGGGAGCAGCAUGCGCCGGCCCUCGUCCCCUCGCAAGUGGUACUCCCCCAUCAAGGGGAAGCUGGACGCCCUCUGGGUGCUGCUGCGAAAGGGCUACGACCGCGUGUCCGUGAUGCGUCCCCAGCCAGGAGACAAGGUACCCCCAGA